AAUUCACCUGUUAACUUUAACCCUCUACUGAAAAAGAAAAUUCUCUUCCUUUUUCCCUGUUUUUUUCCUGGUAGCAAUUCAUAUGUGAUCAUGUAAUGGAUUGUCAUUUCUGCACUUAGUUUUCGUUAUUUCCAUCAAACCAGAAAAAUGGGUUCCACAAAGUUUGUUUCUUUUCUCUGGUUUCAUCUUAUAUACACUCUUUCUCUGGUUAGUCUUCACCGGAGAGCAAGGUUGAAGAAAACCCUUCUUGUUUUCUGAAGGAAUUGUGUAUCGCCAUGGGUUCAGAUUCAUUGAAGAAUCCCCUUUUGUUGAAUGAUGAAGUUGAGCCUGGUUUUGUCAAAACUCCAUCUCUUUUGAAAUCGUCACUGAAAUGGGGUUUAAAGGCUGUGAUUUGGGUGGUUUUCAUUGCCUGGAUUGCUCUUAUCUUCAUGUAUCCUGGAGAAUUUGGUAAACAAUUGGUUGAUGGAAUCAUUCAUACCACCAGAGGAUCUGUGUUUGGCAUUUCAGGGAGUCUGUUCUUGGCAUUCAGUGCUCCGAUUCUUCUCGUGGCGAUCCUAGCGGUAGCCCAUCUUAUCGUCUCCGGUGAAGAUGUGUUUGAAAAGAAGAGUUUAAAGAAACCUGGCUUUCGUUUGUGGACUUUCCCUGUUAUUGUGGAUGGACCAUUUGGGGUUGUCUCUGCAGCUGAGCUCAUUGGGAUAGUCCUCUUUGUCGUGUUCAUCGUAUGGGCGAUGUAUGCGUACACUUUGCGCAAUCUUAGACUCCUUGUUGAGUUCGACAUACCGAUGCCGACAAGGGGUAAAAUAUUUUUGGAACUGACGGGACUUCGACUUGGAAUGCUUGGAUUACUCUGCUUGAUCUUUUUGUUCCUCCCGGUUUCGAGGGGCUCACUUCUUCUCCGUUUGAUAGACAUCCCUUUCGAGCAUGCUACGAGAUAUCAUGUAUGGUUGGGACAUCUCACCAUGAUGCUCUUUACACUCCAUGGACUGUUCUAUGUGAUCGGAUGGGCAAUGAAAGGAACACUAGUGAAGGAAUUACUGGAAUGGAAAAGAGUCGGUAUUGCUAACUUACCCGGAGUUAUAAGCCUUUUGGCCGGCUUGUUUAUGUGGGUAACGUCGCUUCAUCCAGUGAGGAAAGACUACUUUGAGUUGUUCUUCUAUACACAUCAGCUAUAUGUCGUCUUUGUCGUCUUCUUGGCAUUGCACGUCGGUGAUUUCGUUUUCAGCAUCGUCACCGGAGCGAUAUUUAUCUUCAUGCUCGACCGCUUCCUCCGGUUCUGCCAAUCACGAAAAACCAUUGAUAUACUUUCAGCUAAAUGCCUUCCCUGUGGGACAGUUGAAUUGGUCCUCUCAAAACCUGCAAGUUUGCGGUACAACGCGCUCAGUUUUAUUUUUCUUCAAGUUCGAGAAUUAUCGUGGUUGCAGUGGCAUCCUUUCAGUGUUUCGUCGAGUCCUUUAGACGGAAAACAUCAUCUUGCUAUUCUAAUAAAGGUUCUUGGGAAGUGGACGGAGAGUUUGAGGGACAGUAUCUUAAACAUGUCCGAGACAGAUCCGCCGAAGGUUACCAAAAAGACGAUAACAGCUUCUGUUGAGGGACCUUAUGGACAUGAAUCGCCGUACCAUUUGAUGUAUGAGAACCUGAUCUUAGUUGCAGGUGGUAUCGGGAUUUCACCAUUCUUGGCAAUCAUAAGCGAUAUCCUCCAUCGUAACGAUGGAAAGCCAUGUCUACCGAGAAGGAUUAUGGUUGUUUGGGCUGUUAAAAAGUCAGACGAGAUUCCUCUUCUUUCAACGGUCGACAUGGGAUCGAUUUGUCCGUUUUUCUCUGAAAAAGUAAGCCUUGAGAUCAAUGUUUAUGUCACUCGAGAAUCCGAGCCUUCAUUGGAAGAAGGUAAGGUUCAUGUAGCAUCAAACUCUUCCUGCCCUUUCUCCGGUCAAAGUAUGUCGCCACUGGUUGGCACCGGAAACAACGUAUGGUCUGGCUUAUACUUUAUUAUAUCAACAGUCGGGUUUAUUGUUUUAAUGGCUUUAUUGCGGAUUUUCUACAUAAUUCCAUACGAUGUGUCCACCUGGUGGUAUCUGGGCCUUCUUUUCAUCAUAUGCAUGGUGGCGAGCGUUGUUAUUUUCGGUGGUGUCGUGAUCGGUUUAUGGCAUCUUUGGGAGAAAAGGGUUUCCGCAAAGGUCGACGAUCAGGAUAACGACAGGAUAACGGUUGAAUCUCCUCAGAGAAAUGAAACUGUUGCAGACAAAGAUUUGACAAAGAACAAUCUAGAAAGUUCAACCAUGAUUCAAUAUGGUUCCAGACCAGACUUCAAAGAAAUAUUUGCAUCCACAAGCAGGAAAUGGGGUAAUGCUGAUGCAGGUGUGAUUGUUUGUGGUCCUCCAACUCUUCAAUCAAGUGUUGCUAAAGAAAUCAGAUCACAUAACAUGAGACAAUGCCAUGACACCAUUUUCCAUUUCAACAGCCAUAGCUUUGAUCUAUAAUUAUUAACACUAAUUGUAUGUAUUCAUGUAUGCAUGCAUGAAUGUAUAUUAUGCAUGCAUGAUGCAUGCAUUUAUGUAUAUAUGUAUGUAUAUGGAGAGAUGGAGAAGCCUAUAUGUAAUGUAAUAUAGCCAAUAUAGGUGAAGCAAAAGGAAUCUGUAAAUCUGACUUAGAUGGUUCAGUUGUUAUGGUAAUGAAAGAUAUAUAUAUGUAUAUA